AGGGAGCCAACAGGAGGCCCGCUGGUGAGGCAGAGGUGGGCCAUUGGGGUCUUGGACUUGGGCACCCCCCUUCCAGGCCCAGGCUUCAGGCGCCCCAGCGGCAAAGAAGACACAGGGGGGCUCCCCUGGUGUGAGAGCCAGAGGCUGUCCGCUCUCCAUGGGUCUCUGAGUAGACGUCAGGGCUCUGGGAGGAGGCCUGGGGGGGCCUGGGGACGGGAAAAGCCCCGAGACCCUCCUACCCUCCAAGCUGUCUUCACUACCGACUCCCAGGGCAGCUGGCCUGGCUCAGGCCAGAGGCGGCUGGGUGCCGGGGUGCGGCUCAGGGCCUGGGAUGACCCUUGAGCCUGGCCCCUUGGGAAGCAAGAACUCCUGCCUCCCCUUGUCCCACCCAGUCUGUGCCCACUUCUGUUUGUGCCUGGCAUGAUUCCCGCGGCUUGAAGGGGCGAGGGCUUCCAGGCGAGGUUCCGAGGCAGAAGCAAAGAAGUGGAAAUCAGUCUCCAGCCGAGGUCCGUGGGAGCCGGAGUACCCGGGCCUCUGCGGGGCAGCCUGGAGCUAGGCUCGGCUCGGCGCUGCCCCACGAGCAGGCGGAGGCUGGAUGCGCCCAGGACCCGGAGGAGAUGCCCUGGAGGAGGGGGCCGGGUGGUCAAGAACGGCCCAGCACCUCGGCCAUUCCCAGCGAGCAGGGCCGGGCCCGUGGCAAAGGUGCCAGGACAGGCCAGCGGCCCCCACAGGGGCAGAGGCGGGAGGCCGCCGACCCCUGGUGGUGGCAGCAGGCAGCUGGGGCGUGCGUGGGUGGCAGCGAGGAGGGGCGGAGGGAGGAAGCUGGCUUCCUGAAGCCUUCUCAGCCCUCAAAGACAGACCAACAGACAGACAGACAGCUGGCGAGAGGCGCUGGGGGACACAGCUGCUUCAGCUGCCGCCUCCUGGGUGCCCCUGCAGAGAUCCUGGUCUUCCCAGGGUGAAAACACCGCCACUUCCUGGGGAACGGAAGACACCCCAGUGAAAACAGAGGUGCCAGAGAGCAGAAAGCCGGCCUGGGCCUGGGAGCCUCCUCUGGCCGGCCCGGCAGCCCAGAGGUCAAAGGUCAUGGCCCAGUGAGCCUCCCCUGGACCCAGCCCCCCCGCCCGAGCAUGGUCCAGGCCCGCGGGGGGGCACUCCAGAGCACAGCCACCGGCCACCCCUUCCCCUGAGGGCAGCCAUGACCCAGCUUCCACCUGACCAGGCGCCAGCCAAGAAGCACGUGCGCCUGCAGGAGAGGCGCGGCUCCAAUGUGGCUCUGAUGCUGGAUGUGCGGUCCCUGGGGACCGUGGAGCCCAUCUGCUCGGUGCGCACGCCCCAGGAGGUCACCCUGCACUUUCUGCGCACAGCCGGGCGCCCCCUCACCCGCCGGGCCCUGCAACACCAGCCACCCAGCCCCAAGCAGCUGGAAGAGGAAUUCUUGAUCCCCUCAAACUUUGUCAGCCCUGAAGACCUGGAUAUUCCUGGCCAUGCCUCCAAGGACCGAUACAAGACCAUCUUGCCAAACCCCCAGAGCCGCGUCUGUCUGGGUCGGGGGCAGAGCCGGGAGGACGGAGAUUAUAUCAACGCCAACUACAUCCGGGUGAGUCGCCGGCGGAGAAGUGGGGGGGCUGUGUCCAGAGAACCCCCAGGACACCACCUAGCACGGCUGGUGGUUGGGGCACCUGGUGUCCCAGCUCCGAACCACGGCUGCCACAGCCCUUCCGAGCCAAGCCGGCGCAAACAGGCCAGGACGACAGGCAGGAGCGCAGAGCAGACGUCAGACGCCGGAAGGAAGACCCCGGUCUCCUGGGCGCACCCCGUCCCGCCGCCCCUGCCAGCCUCACAGCGCGGAGGGCGGCUCGGGCCAGGCCCAGCCUGCGGCUCCCAGGGAUACGGUGGGAAGGACAAGGCCUACAUCGCCACCCAGGGCCCUAUGCCCAACACCGUGUCAGACUUCUGGGAGAUGGUGUGGCAGGAGGAGACGUCCCUCAUCGUCAUGCUGACACAGCUCCGAGAGGGCAAGGAGAAGUGUGUCCACUACUGGCCCACGGAGGAGGGGACCUACGGGCCCUUCCGCAUCCAGGUCCAGGACGUGAGAGAGCGCCCGGAGUUCGCCGUGAGGCAGCUCACCAUCCAGCACCAGGAAGAGCGCCGGUCAGUGAAGCACAUCCUCUUCUCGGCCUGGCCUGACCACCAGACCCCAGAGUCGGCUGGGCCCCUGCUGCGCCUGGUGGCCGAGGUGGAGGACAGCCCAGAGACAGCUGCCAACACUGGGCCCAUCGUGGUCCACUGCAGCGCAGGGAUCGGCCGGACUGGCUGCUUCAUCGCCACCCGCAUUGGCUGCCAACAGCUGAAGGCCCUAGGGGAAGUGGACAUUCUGGGCAUCGUGUGCCAGCUGCGGCUGGACAGGGGGGGCAUGAUCCAGACCGCGGAGCAGUAUGAGUUCCUGCACCACACCUUGGCCUUGUAUGCCGCCCAGCUGCCAGAGGAGCCCAGCCCCUGACCCUGGCACCCUCCCCCGCGCAGGGCCGCCUCCCUGGGCCUGGGAAGAGGCCCCCCAUGUCCCUCCGAGCUUAAAGCUGGCGGCUGACCUCUACAAGAGCUGGGAAAGAGGCCCGGGCAUCCUGGUCCCUGCAACGCCGCGUGGGCCUCAGUCUCCUCCUCGGACAUGGACAUCAGGUGCUUUACUGCCACCGGGGGAGAACCACCAGAGGAGCACCUAGAAGCCACUCCAGCUGCACCCCCUUCCUGGGGCUGGCGAGAGAGUGACCCCAAGAUCGCCCCCCACCCUGGCCCAGCCCGAGCACAGGCCGAUGACCUGAGCUGGGAAAAGCCUGGUGCUACCUGGGCCAAGUCCUCAGCAUCCUAGCAGGGCCUCUUCACCCACAUCCGUGAGGCUGGACACCCCCCAAAGAGAGCAGGGACCAGACUGCCCCUGUGCCCACACGAGUGUCCGGGGAGCAGGCUAUGGAGCUAACCUGGUGGGACAGUUGAACUCUCUAGAAGAGGGAAAGUGUGUGGACCCCUUGGAGGCCCAGACGGCUGCCCCUGCCUCCGUAGCUGCCGGCCACCCACCCCAGCUACUCUCCAGGGAGGCCCAGCAUCCUCUGCCUGCCUUCGGACCCCAGAAGGGACCCCGAGUACCCAGGGAGGACACAAGAGACGAGCAUGGGGCCGAGGGCGCUACCUGACUUUAGACAAGCAGCCCCGCCAUGGCCGCCUCCCUGCAGAGCACACCUGGACGGCUGGCUGUUGCCAUGAGCGACCCGGGUUAAAGCACCUACGUGGACCCAGGGGCUCAGGCUGAACCCGGACCCCCCAUAGUCUACCCCGGAGAGCUAACUCCCCUCCGCCCCUCACAACCACACGAUGUCCAGGGCCCCCCAGCUCUAUGUCAGGGCUGACCACCACACCCCAGGGAGGCGUCCGAAUCCUUCAUCCUUGAAUCCGAGAUGGGCUGCCCAUGGGGGGAAGGCAGGCACCAUCCUUCCAGGUGUUUGGCCCCUGGGGGCUGCCUUUGCCGGGGCCAGUUCUCCAAGGAACCCCCCAAGGAGCUGGGUCCCGGAGAACAGCUGGCCUUCCCCUCAGACAGCGCUUCUGGAAAACAUGCAGCGUUGGAACCGAGGGUGACUUCCUAAUGCUUCUGCUGGUCUCCUCCUUCCUCACCGCCUGGGAAUGGGCUCACACCCUCCUGAAGCUUUCCUGCCCUAUGAGAGGCACUCCCGGGGCCCGUGGCGCUGGGUGCUGGGCCGUCAGGCGCCUGGUCCUCCCUCAGCUCAGACCCCACAGGAGGAAAGCCACCACACAGGUGGCAGGCUCCCCUCCCUGGGUGCUGUUACCCCAACCCCGUCCCAGAGCUUGAGGACAGGCUCUGAAGAGUGACCAGGUGGGAAAAUAAAGACUUCGCGGAUGACU